AUGACCGAACAAGUUAAGAAGAGUGUUUACACAGCUGUUAAGAGUGGAGAUUCCACAUACAGCUAUGCUCCAGGCUCACCAAUGAUCACAACACAUAUCUCUGAAAUCCAACAGACCGCCACAGAGAAUGUCCAGCCAUUUGAGAGCAAGAUAACAGAGCAAUCAUCAAAGUUCUUCCCAGGUGAGCAAUCGGCUUCCUCCUCAAUGGACACAACAACCACUUCCACCGAGGGACUAUCAAAGACCGAGGCUUUGAAGCAGAAGGCUGGCAAUUUCAUUGACAAGAUUGAGCAAAAGAUUGGAGGUACUGGAAGCCAGACUGAUUCCACUGCCGCCGGUACCGGACUAGCUUCAAGCACAACCGAGGAGGCCACCACUGGAGGACAUAUCCCAACAGCUUCCAGCUUGACCAGUGAUAAAUCCACAAUGGUAUCCGAGACCACCACAGGACCAUCCAGUGACACCUACUAUGAUGGACUCCAGCACUCUGACUCUGUGCACCCAACUACCAGCUCUGGAACCGAGCCACACAAGCCAUCGACUAUUAUGAAUGUUAAGGGAUUCAUCAAGGAGAAGGUUGGUCACAUCACCAAGAACACCAAGAUGGAGGAGGAGGGCCGAUCGCUUGAGGCUGUAUACCAACAGCAGAAGCAAGAUUACACCACUUUUGCCAAGAAGUAA